ACUACGGUUGUGUUGUGCGGGGUUUGACAGUAGCCUUAAUAGUGGUUGGUUGGCUGUUAAAUUUUCAGUAGCUCGCUGACAGUAGCUCUUGCGUCGCAUGGAGUAAGACAACUGCAGACGGCAUAACUUGAACUCAGCUUUAUAUAAAAUUUCAUAACCUCAAGAGACAGUUAUUACAGUUUCUCCGUUUUGUACAUCUAAAUGGACACUGCACAGAAAUUGGUGUCUGGAUUUACUCUGGACCUAGGACCACUGAAGGAACCUCUUGGGUUUAUUCGUGUCCUUGAAUGGGUCUUCACGAUCUUUGCCUUCGCCACCACUGGAGGUUACUCGGGGACGACCCACUUCAAAGUCAUGUGUCAAAGUUCUGAAGAAAAAGUGGAUCCUAUUUUUGGCUACCCAUUCAGGUUGUCAGCGCACCCAUACAACAUACCAUCAUGUGAUGGCAGUUCAGCCAACACCACCUACCUGCAGGGUGACUUCACCUCCUCUGCAGAGUUCUUUGUGUGUGUUGGUGUGUUUGGGUUUCUUUAUUGCACAGCCACACUGAUCCUCUAUCUGGGUUACCAGACUGUCUACCGCCAGACAAGCCGUGGCCCUAUAAUUGACCUGGUGGUGACUGCUGCUUUUGCCUUCCUGUGGCUUGUGUCAUCCUCAGCUUGGGGCAAAGGUUUGACUGAUGUCAAAUGGGCCACAAACCCCGAAAACCUGGCAGCGCAAUGCCCACAAAAGCUUUGUAAAGCAGGAGAGUUUCCUUCCAUGGGCCGUCUUAACGCCUCUGUGACCUUUGGGUUUUUGAACCUGAUCCUGUGGGCAGGUAACUGCUGGUUCAUCUACAAGGAGACUCCUUUCCAUAAGGAUCCCAACCCACCAGUCUCUGCAGAGGAAGGGGUGGCACCUGUGCCAUAACUACAUCACUGAGGACCUUAAGAAUUUCCCAGUACCCCAGCAAUUCUGCUGUCGUUGCUUUGUGCUAAACACUGGUCCAUAAUGUUAACAUGUAGAAGUUCAAACUAAACUAAAAGCAGUUCAUCAUAAGUUUCAUCAUUCAUCAUUAGUCAGAACGUGGUUAGCCUAGAUAAAUUACCCAUAGUGACCAGAAAACCUUUGUAUUCCCCGUGCCUUAAUCAAUAUGUGCCUAUACAAACCAAAAUACCUUAACACUAAGUGCUGCUGUAAUGUGGCCUGACUCUGAACCUAAAACCUUAUGUCUGUGUUGCACCUGCUGUGCAUUUGCUUACAUAUUAACACAUUGUUCUCCAUUGAUAUUUGCCCUCAGGCACCCACCUACAGAUGAGUAUGUGAUGUAAGGCACCUAGAUUUCUGCUGGUCUUCAGCCAGGGAAUCAAACAUGCCUCACAUCCAAUACAUCAAGUGUUGCCAUGGGAAACAACAUUUAAAAUGGGAGCAAAUACACACCAGAAAUCAGUAGACUUUACUUUUUCUGUUAUGCAAUCUCUGGGAAGAAGUGCCAUAAUACAGAAGUACUGCAACUCUAAAACUGCCACUUUCUUUCAAUACAGGAUUCAUAGCCCUAUUGUCAAAAUAUGUUUUAAUUUGUGACAACUAUUUUUAGCAUGUAUCUAUAACAAGACAGGCUCACUACAUGUUUACUGCCUGGAGUAUGAUUUCAUGGUGGAUAUGAAUAAAGCUGUGCUUUGUGUUUGUUCAAACUGUCACAUUUACACUACUCUCUAACAAUAGGGCGUAUUCUUGUUUCAAAAGUUGACUUGCAAUAACGUUAUUUAUAUAGAAUUUAAUAUCUUUUUAUCUCCAUUAAUUGGCCUUGCACAUUUAGCUUAAAACGGUUCGGUUCAUGUUUCCCCACAUGUCACUGUAUAGUUAACUGAUUUUCAAAUUGUUUUGUAAAAUGUUCAGAUUUGCUGUUAUGGCUCAAUUCUUUCUUGAUGACGAGUUAAAGCAACAAAUGUUCAAAUGUGGACACCAGGCUGAUAGUGUUUAGCUGUGUUUAUGACCCCUGCUCAUAGUUCUGUUCUACAUACUACAUGACUGUCAUACUUUAGAAGGAUCUGGUGGUUCCAAGUCACUGUUGAUGAGUACAUAUUGACUAAAUGCUUUGCACAAAAUGGGAUCCAGUGAUCUGUAUGAAGUACAUUUGCUUUAUUAGAUUAUUUUGAUUUCAGCUUCAUGGCCAUCACCUUUUGUAGGGAAUUAAUGACUGUCGGUCACCAAAAGUAAAGUUACUUCAGUUUUAAAAGAUAAGUUUUGGUUUAUUCAACCCUUUGCCAUAUGUUGUUGUUUUUUUAUUGACAUUAGGCUUAAUUUUAUGACAUGUUAGUUGAAAAGCAUAUAUAAAGGAAUGUUUUUUUUUUUUGUUUUGAUGUUUAAUAAAAUCGAGCUGCAACCGC